AUGCGGCCACUCAUUAAACCACUCCAUGGCCGAGACCUCCGACUGCUAGAAAGCAUCGUUCGCCCGCGGGCGCUCCUGGUCCCCUACGCUCGGUAUCGAGAGACAAUCAAGCCUACAGCCAAACAAUGGGUCCCUGCCGAAGGCCAGUGCCGGGGAGCAAAAUCGGUGUCGAGGAGGAAGGUGAAAGAACUACAACAAGGCACGAUCCAGGCUGAACCUCUCCCCGAACUGCCUGCCGACGAUGAGCCCCAGUAUCCGACAGUGCUCAAGGGUGCGAAAUCCAACAUGGCCAAAUUUGAUAAUUGCGUCCUGCUCACAAGAGUCGGCAAUUUCUACGAAUUGUACUUCGAGCAGGCGGACGAAUAUGGGCCUCUCCUCGGUCUCAAAGUCGGUCACAAGCAAACCAAGCUUGGUCCAGUUGCGAUGGCUGGGUUUCCCUUUUUCCAGUUGGACAGAUUCCUGAAAAUGCUUGUACAAGAUCUCAACAAAUAUGUUGCCAUAUGCGAAGAAUUCUUGGUCCAGGUGUCCGGCAAGGUCAAAUCAGGUGGUCUCAAACACGACCGUCGUGUGACAAGAGUAGUUACCCCAGGCACACUGAUUGAUGAGAAGUUCCUCGACCCAUACGAAUUCAACUUCCUCCUCUCUGUUGCUCCAGAGCCUAUCGCGAUUGAUCACAUCGGCGGCAGCACCUACGAAGCUUCAGAACACGAGCCCGAACAAAAGAUUGGCCUUGCUUGGUUGGAUCUAUCUACGGGCGACUUCUGCACGCAGACCACUGAGCGCAGCUCAUUCUCUUCAGCGCUGACUAGAAUUGACCCACGGGAGAUCAUUCUGCCUUGUAAAGUUUCUGAAGACAUUCGCGACGAGGUGCAGAAAAUUGUCGGUCAUGAUCAUCGACUUCUCACAUCGCACGAGCCCGAGAGUGAUUUUGUAUCCAUGGCAGAAUGGAACGAAAUGCUCGAGUCCCCUGUGGCUGAAAAUGCAGACGAGAUUUUCAACACAGCAGAAAAGUUAGCUGGUCAUCGACUUCUAGACUAUGUCUGCCAUCGGCUGCAGGGAUUACAACUUCGUCUGCAGCCGCCACGUCAAAGGGAACUCCAGUCUACUCUGAGCAUUGAUCGUAACAGUCUCAGAGGGUUGGAGAUUCUGGAAACCGCACGAGACGGCCUUGGGAAGGGCAGUUUGUUUCAUGCUGUCAAGAGGACCUCAACCAAAAGUGGUGCUCGUCUUCUCCGAGACCGUCUCACGUCACCAUCGGCCUCUCUGACUGAAAUCAAUGACCGACUUGAGUUGGUGUCAGUAUUCGUUGAACACGAGGCAUUCACAGAGUCUUUGAUCUUCCGGCUUCGACGAACAUUCGAUGUCCAACGUAUCGUUCAGAAAUUUGCUCUGAACAAAGGAGACGCCGAUGACAUGCUGUCACUAGCGAGCGCCAUCGCAGAGACUAUCGCAACGAAUGAUCUUCUCCAGUCAUUGGACAAAGACAUCAACACUGCGGAGACCCAUGGAUUUAAUCAGACAGAUGUGGUACAGCCCCUCCAAAAGCUUCUACGACGUUUUGAUCUACAGGGUCCAGCUGAGCUUCAAGCUCUGAUUACAUCUGCCAUUGACGAGCAAGGUCUCAUGCAGAAGCAUCGGCUUGAAGACGAUGAAGCGGCAAGUGUGGCAGCUAUGGCACAUGAUGUCGUAUUGCAAAGUGCUCCAGACGAAUUAGGGUUGUUGCCUAAAGCUGUCAGGACGCGGAGCAAGUCGGAAGACCAGAAGAAGGACGAGAUCGAAUUAGAAGAACUGUGGAUAAUGCGUCGCAAUGCUAGUGAGGCGCUACUACGGCUCCAUGAAGACCUGGAUUCAUUGCAGACUGAGAAAGUCAGCCUGGCGAACAGACUGCGAGAGGAACUAUCUGCGCCAACUUUGAUACUCAAGUCCACACCCGGCCUAGGCCACAUUUGCCAUAUCCGCAGCGCUACAGGCUUCAACCGAGAGAAACUGGAAUCACUCCAUGCCAAAAUGGUAUCAUCUUCAAAGAGCACUCGUUCCUUCUAUCUGAGUGACUGGACUCGGCUGGGCCGUCGAAUCGAUCAAGCGGUCCUACACAUCCGAGACGAAGAAAGACGAAUCUUCGCAACCAUGAGGGAGCAUGUCAUCAAGAACCUCGUGACAUUGCGGCGUAAUGCGGCCGUCAUGGACGAACUAGAUGUCGCAAGCGCCUUUGCUCUCCUUGCUACGGAGCAAUCAUGGGUUCGACCCAUCCUCAACAACGGUACCGAACAUAAAAUCAUCGGGGGGCGGCAUCCUACGGUCAAGGAAGGAUUAGAAGCACAAGGCAGAUCUUUUGUCAGCAACAAUCUCGUCCUUGACCACAAUGAGCGAAUAUGGCUGGUGACAGGGCCCAACAUGGGGGGCAAGAGUACAUUUCUCCGGCAAAAUGCCCUGCUUACAAUACUUGCCCAGGCCGGCUCCUACGUACCAGCCGCGCACGCCGAGAUUGGGCUUGUGGACCAGAUUUUCAGUCGGAUCGGGGCCGCGGAUGACUUGUUUCGAGACCAGUCUACCUUCAUGGUGGAGAUGCUGGAGACCGCAGCCAUUUUGAAGCAUGCCACUCGAAAGUCUUUUGUCAUCAUGGACGAAGUCGGGCGGGGCACGACUCCUGAAGACGGCACAGCCAUUGGGUAUGCGAGCUUGUAUCACCUUUAUCACGUCAACAAAUGCCGGACACUCUUCGCGACCCAUUUCCAUUCACUGGCAGAUAUGACGCGGAGUUGGACAAAACUAGGCUGUUACUGCACUGAUGUGGUAGAGGACGAAAGCGGCUCAUUCGUGUUUCUGCACCGGUUGAAGAAGGGCAUCAACAGACACUCUCACGCAUUGAAGGUUGCAAAAUUGGCAGGACUGCCUCCAGCAGCGCUCAAAGUUGCAGAAAAUGUUCUCCGAGAGAUUAUGGCGGAGAAGAGUAACAUACAAGCACAACCUCCAGCAGAUGUAGCAGAAGAAAGGGAAAAGACAUUAAUGGCUGCAAUCAGGUGA